UAUCUCUCUCCGUCUCUCGCUGUAUCUUUCUCUCUGUCCCUCUGUGUCUCUUUCUAUCUCUGUAUUUGUGUCUCAGUCUCCAUCUGUUUCUCCCAGUCUCCCCCGACAGUGCGUGCUUUUUCCUCUCUCUCUAUGCCGAGCUCCUCCCCUCUCUGAACAGGAGAUUACUUCCGUGUUUUGACAGCAGAUUCAGGAAGCAGCGAGCCCAGAGAGCUGACAGCUGCGCUCAGUUCACCAGAAACUGUCCCUCACCGUCGGACUGCCUCUCCAUCCAUCACAUCUUUCUCUAUCCCUCUUUCUCCCGGUCCCUCUGUACCUGACCUUCCAUCUGUCCAGAUCUCUCUCCAUACCUCUAAACCCUAAUCCCCCUCUUUUGUCCCUAUCUUUCUGCCACACCUCUCCCUCCCUCUCUCUGUUCCCCAAUCUUUCAUCUCUCACCUUGUCCCCUCACGACAAAGCCGACCCCUUUGCCAGACGUUCUGUUUGGAGUUGGGACUACAGAAUGCAGUCACAGGUCACAAGCACGUACCCUGUCGUCAAAAGAGGCCAGAGGGCAGUGCCAACACUAAAGAGGGAGCCAAGCAACGGAGGCCUCACGGACACGGCAGCAACUCUGUGCCCGAGCAGGGACCACCUCGAGAUGCUCAAGGCCUUCGAUCUACAUUGGGAGUACGGCCCAUGUUGUGGUAUCACGCGAAUGGAGAGGUGGGAACGAGCUAACCGGAUGGGUCUCCGACCUCCGCAGUACAUCAAGGAGCUACUCCUUUAUCAUAAGAAGGAAACCAAGUAUCAGGAGAGAUUCCGUGCUACCUACACACUUCACGUGACGUGCCCACAGAAACCUUUCUCAUGAGUUCAUCAUUGGAUACAAUGCAGCACUGGCUUUGUGGUUUUAUGUGGAUUGGUGUCAUUAGUGACUAGGGAGGGGAAGUGAUAUUUAUCCGUGGUUUCCAAAGUGAUUAACAGAAUCAUCAAACACUCCUACGACAGGCACAGCACAGUGUUAGAUACAGAAUAACACUCCAGCAACACAGCCCCUAUCAAACAUUUCCAAGUCCUGGGUAAACUGAUAAUAGCAGUACAGAACAUUCAGGCUGUUCUAUCAGUGCUGCCUGUCUCUCAACCAAUUAAGCUGCUCCCACUCUCCUCCGCCCUACAUACUCCGUCAGAUCUGAAAACAUCUCUCCUUCAGGACUUGACCCAACUCCUUUUUGUCAUCCUUCAUUGACCCUGCCUCCCCACACUCUCAGGCAGCACGGACCAGACCCUAACCCCUCACUGUGAGAGAACUUUUUUUUUCUCCUGUCACCAUUGUUUCUUGUACUAAUCAAGAAUCUCUAUCCAUUCCUCAAUGGGAACCGUUUCUCCCUCUCCACUCUGUCCAGACCCCUAUUGAGUUUGAACACCUCAGUAAGUCCCCUCUCUGCCUUCUCUUCUCCGAUCUGUCCAUCAGACUGAAGUUCCUCAUCCCUGGAACCACUGUCCUGAAUCUUUCCACAGCCUCUGGAAUCUUCUCACAUCCUUCCUAAACUGCAGGGCCUGAAACUGUCACCAUCUUCCAGUGGAGGCUGAGCCACUGUUUCAUAAAGCUUUAGUGUAACAAACCCCUGUUCUGAGUCUGUAAAUCCCGCUCAUGUGACAGGUGACUGCUCAAGGGGAACUGUGUUCAUAUCCCAGCACAGCAGCCUCAGGUAUUAAAAACUUCAUCCUGAAUUCAGAACUACACACAAAUAGACUUGCGAGGGAUGUUACAGGUAAUCAAGGGACAGUGACAACAUGGAAUGAUAUAUAUUAAUGAUCUAGGAUCUUGAUGUACAGGGGACAAUUUCAAAGUUAAGCAGAUGAUGCUAAACUUUGAAGAACUGUACCUGUGUGCAACUCCAAAAGGACAUUGGUGGAGUGGGGCAUAGGUGCAGAAGAGACUUAAUGCAGAGAGAUGUCAGGUGAUUGUUUGUUUGGAGGAACAGUGAAAGACAAACUAAAAUAGGGCAGUAAAAUUCUAAAUGUGGUGCUGGAGCAGAGGGAUCUGGCUGUACAUAUGCACAGAGCAUUGAAGGUAGCAGGACAAGUGGAGAGAGCAGGAAGCAUGCAGUGUCCUCGGAUUUAUUAACAUGGGCAUAGUGCACAAGGGCAAGGAAGUGAUGUUGAACGUAUAAAGACACUUGCUGGAUCUCAGCUGGAGUGUUGUGUGCAGUUGUGGGCUCCCACUUUAUAGGAAGGAUGUGAAUAUAUUGGAGAGAGUGCAGGAGCAUUUUAUAAGAAUGGUUCCAAGGCUGAGAAACUUCAGCGAUGAGGAUAGAUUGAAGAAGUUGGGGACCGUUCUCCUUAGAGAGGUGGUUGAGAUGGACAUCUAAUAGUGGGUUUUCAAAAUCAUGAGCAGGGGCUGGAGUGUCGAAAGGGAGAAUCUGUUCCCCAUCGUAAAAGGAACAAGAAUGAGAGGGCCACAGAUUUAAGGUGAUGUGCAAAUGAAGCAAGGGUGAUGAGUGUAAAAUCUUUCUCACCCAGUGAGUGGUUAGG